GAUCAACUCACUCAACCACGCACCACGCUCUCAUGCAGACAAUGCGCCAGUCCUCUCACGUUAUUAUCGGUUCUGUCCUGCCGACAUGACUUCCGGAAAUUCAGAUAGCUCCUUUAAACUUGUCGCACCUACCAAGAAGUCCAUUUUCGAACGACAAAAGGCGGAAGCUGAGGCUAAAAAGGCUCGAGAAAAGGCAGAGACUGCAGCCGUUCUCGAGGACUUUGUCAAAAGCUUCGGAGAUGAUGGGAAUCCUAAUACGCUCCCGACGAAACGAGGUGGCUUCGGAGGAGGCGGUGGAGUUCCCAGCACCACCUUCGGGCCUGGCCCUGCCCCUGGGAAGCGACAUUUUACAAGCUCAGGAUUGAAGAGUGGACCUGGCAGUUUGGGACCAGCACCGACUUUGCCAAAGAGCGGCCCUGGAAGCUUAGGACCAUCCCCAAGCUACGGCAAAAAAAGACAUUACGAUGACUACUCGGGAGGACGAGACCGCGAUCAGGACCCGGGUCGAGACAGAGAUCGAAGAGACAGGAUGUACUCGUACGGUGAUCGUGGUGGAGACAACAGAAGAGAAUCUGCGUUCGCUGGUGAAGAGGAAGAGUCUAAAGAUACAGAGGAGAUGAAGGCUGCAGCGAAACCGACACUACACCUGUCUUCGCUCCCUCCGGGAACGUCUAUGGCAGUCAUUAAGGGCUUGUUCGCUGCAUCUCCGCUGAACGUGGACAGCGUGCGCCUUCUGCCAAAACAACCAGGGUCACUUAAUGAGAGGAACUCUCUUUCGGCAAUCGUAACGCUCGCUGCCGAGACUCCAGCGACUGACAUUGACACUGUGGUCUCGCAUCUGCGGAACCAAUAUCUUGGGUUCGGCUUCAACCUAUCUAUUUCACGACACCUCUCAUCCGCCGCGCUGUCAGGCUCGACCUCUUUAAAUGCGCCAUCAACGAACAUCAACAAUCUUCCAUUUGGAGCAAAACCGAUACCUCAACACGGCUCCCUCUCUCGAGCUCCCCCACCAAGUCAAGGGCCAGGCCGCUUCGCCCCCCCAGCAUCAUAUACGCUCUCGACUCCAUUCGGAUCCAGAACAAAUCUUCCGACAACCCAAGUGACAGUGCAGAUCCCGAAUGACCUCAAGCAAAUCCGCCUGAUCAACAAAACUAUCGAAGCUCUCCUGACAUAUGGUCCUGAGUUCGAGGCUCUACUCAUGUCCCGGCCCGAAAUCCAGCGUGACGAACAAUGGUCGUGGCUAUGGAACUCCAGGUCAACAGGAGGAGUGUACUACCGCUGGCGGCUCUGGGAGAUUCUCACCAAUGCCAAGUUUCGCAAACGUCGUCAACGACCAGGCUUCGUAACGCGCCCCGAUGGCGACACCAUCUUCGAAGGUCAAAGCGUCUGGAUUCCGCCCGAAGAAACUCUCAAGUUCGAAUACACCACCAAAGUUGAAGAAUUCGUCAGCGACGAAGACUACAACUCAUCGGAUGAAGAAGAGGCUGAAGAGAGUAGUCUCGCUCGACGGUACCACGACCAUCAGAAGAUUGGAGGCAAUGCAUCCGAGAUUUCUGUGGAUACGGACGGGACAGGAUAUCUCAACCCACUCGCCAAAACGAAACUUGUCCACCUUCUCUCUCGACUUCCCGAGUCCAAUGCAAAGCUGCGCAGAGGUGAUGUCGCGCGUAUCACGGGCUUCGCCAUUGAACACGCCGGCGCCGGUGCAGACGAAGUCGCCACUCUCAUUACGCGCAAUGUGGUUAAACCAUUCUGCCACAACAUCAAAAGACCAGACACGUCAUCCGGUGCUUCUGACGACGGCCACGAUGAUCACUCUGAUGAUAAUAUGAUGCCAUCCUUUAAUCACACUCCUGCUGCUGGCACCCCUGCGACCGAUGGUGCUGCUCCUCCUCCUCCUCCUCCUACUACUACAGCAUCUGGCGACACUGACCCCACCAAGGACGGAGAGGAUCUAACAGGCGUCCCGAUACCCACAUCCAAAUCCAACGUCCAAGACACGACUCCCUCGUCCCUUGUCGGACUGUACGUCAUCUCCGACAUCCUCUCGUCCUCUGCGUCCGCCGGCGUCCGCCACGCCUGGCGCUACCGCUCACUCUUCGAGACCCAACUGCGUCUCCAGGGUGUCUUUCCCACCCUCGGCCGCUCCGCGCGCGAACUGAACUGGGGAAAACUAAAGGCCGACAAAUGGCGACGCAGCGUACAGAGCGUCUUUUCGCUGUGGGAAGGGUGGUGCGUGUUCCCCUCGGCCGCCCACGAGGACUUUGUCCAGGAGUUCCUGAACCCACCCCUCACGGCCAAGGAGGAGCAAGCACUACUCAAACAACAAGAGACCGAAAAGGUCGCGUCGGAAAGCAAGGCCAACGACAAGGACAAGGUCAGCAAGUGGAAGAGUGUGAGUGUCGGUGACCGUGAUCCCGCCUCCUCUUCUGGUGAUUUACCGCCGCGUGGUGGUGGUGGCGGUGUCGACAGAGACAGGGACGGUGACGUCGACAUGGACGGGAGACCCAUGGAGGAUACCGACGACGGCGAGGACAACGACACCGUCAUGGAUCAUGCCGUCCUACCCGAUGAAGACCUCGACGGUGUCCCCAUGGUGGACAGCAGUGAUGAAGAAGACAAUGUCGAUCAACCACAAUCCGAGGACAUCGUGAUGCAAGGACAAGGUCAAGCCGGUACCGCCGAUACUUCCGCCGAGGCCUCGACGGCGGCACCCUCGGCCCAGACAGGACAAGGACGACAGCGACAGGGCUCCAGACAGGAUGUGCCCCACGUCCCGCAACUCUCUCAGGGUCGUCGUGUGCGCCCUAGGGCGGCGGAUUUCGACGACAUGUUUGAGUGAGACGAGACACAUGCCAGCCUCGUGGAUCACCUACCCAAGGUACAUUACUAUACAUGGAGCGACAUGAAAUCCAAAAGGCGUUCACGAACUUCAUGCAUGACUUGUAAACUUGUUGAGUCCGACUGCGUAGAUUUAGUACUACCCCGUAUUUCCCCAUAAACCCGAAUUUUGGUCUCCUCCUAUCUGAUAGGUCAUAAUCCCG